AUGGCCACGCCAAUGCAGGCCCGAAGGGAAAAAACCGCUCAGCUUUAUGAGGAUCCCCAUAACCCACACCUCUACCUUGAACGAGCCUGCCUCCAUGAACAGCUUGGCUUCCCCGAUUUGGCCGCCGCCGACGCUUACCGCGCACUCUCAUUGUUGGAAUCGGUGAUAGACCCUGAUGGGUGUGAAUUUCAUGCGAAACGCAAGGUCGAGACCACUCUUGAAAACACCAGCACUCCUGCAGAGAAAAAGUCCACAGGGAAUGGAAGCGAGAAAGAUGAGAAAGAUGAAAAUGAAGACGACGAGGAAGAUGAAGAUGAAGAUGAAGAUUCAAGAACUGUCCCAGUCACGCAGGAGGAGUACAAUACAUUGAUUGGAGAGGUAUAUGCUGUCCUGGUGUGUAGUCUGGUCCGUUGUGGCUGCUACCGCGAUGCUUAUGAGUUUGGCGUUCGCGGCAUCAGCCUGCUUGGGGACCUAGAUGCAGACAAGGUCAAUUCUACCACCACAUCCGCUGUCUUGCAUGAUCAGAUGAACCACGUGAAGAAGGUUUAUCAAGCUCGUGCCAAGUUCAACAACGAUGUGCAUGUGAACUUAGAUUCUAUUGACCCUGCCGUCCUUCCGGCCCAGGGCUUUGCUCGCCGCGUUCUGUAUCCCUGGAAUGAGCAUGAGCCAGACCGCUGCGCUCCGGAGGAAUUAGAAUUUCUUAACCAGCGCCUAGCGGAUGUGGCCCCAAAAUGUGAAGUCCGCGCUGUGGCGUUACCGGCUCUUCAUAGCGCCUCUACAGAUGACGAGACCGAGGUCUCGGUUCAACUGGGUCUCUUCGCCAAAGAGGAUAUUGCGCCCGACGAAAUCAUUCUACGCGAGUCGUCGCUUCUGACGGCAACAAAUCGUCUCCAUGACGAUCUAUGCGAUGCCUGUAAUGCGCCUCUGCCUGACCUCUCAGCUCCCGAACCCCCAGUCGCGUGCGAGGAAGGCUGUGCAGAUACUAUCUUUUGUACCCAGGCGUGUCAUGACACUGCGCAGAGGGUCUACCACGGCGCAAUCUGUGGCCUCGAAGAUGGCCUGCAAUCUAUUGGCAAAGAUAUUCCUGACCCGAAGGAUAAGGCAGACUACUUGUAUUUGCUUUUGGUUGCCCGUGCGCUAGCCAUGUCUGCGACACAAGAUAUCCACGCUCUAGACCUACCCGAAGUCAAGUACAUCUGGGGUGAUUUUCAUGACUUUGAUAUCGAAAAAUCUGGUUCUGAAGUGGCCACCCUGCCCUUCUCCUUCCAACUCAACAUCCUACAGCCAAUGCGUUUCCUCGAAGAAAUGGAAAUCGAUCCAUAUGAGUCGCUCCCCCGUUAUGACACCUGGGUUUUGAAUACCUUGUAUGCUAAAUUCCGGGGCACCGCAUCUGGUCGGUUGUCAACGUGGGACGGUGGUCCUGAGCUGUGUGCCGUGCACCCACUUUGGUGUUUGGCAAACCACUCCUGUGACCCCAAUGUCCGAUGGGAAUGGGGCGGAGAGAUUACUUUCCGAGCGCGGAAUAACGAGGAGACCGCUCUCUGGACAAGGCCUGGAGCCGAUGGGAGUGUGGAGAUGAAGGAUGCCAAGAACGGGGGUAUUCCAAAGAACGCUGAAAUCUUGAACCACUACUGUGACAUUGCGUUGCCGGUUCAGCAGCGCAGAGAGUGGGCGUGCGGUGCUUUGGGUGGAAACUGUCGGUGUGAUCGAUGUGCUUGGGAGGCACACGAGUGUUAG